UUCAACACUUUUAGUGACGAUCCAAGUAAACGCUACAAAUUCUUCUUGUGGAGACCGCCAUUUGGCAUAUGACCAACUUGAACUUCCAACCAUGAUACCAACAUUGAGAUCAUCUCCUUCCAUAGUUUCAACAACACAGACCAUCGUAUCAGUUCCUUUGACAUCCAAAAUGAAUCGAAACCCGAUCUGGGUAGUCUCGAUUCUGUUCUUUCUCACGCACAGAACAAAAUCUGAUGAAGGAGAGAGCCGGGACUCGCUGAUCGAGUUCUACAGAAGACUCUCCAGCAGCAGCAGCCCGCCUGACCCUGUCUCAGGCUGGAACUCAUCCUCUUAUCCUUGUAAGGAUCAGUGGAGGGGUGUGACCUGCGAUAACCGGACUCUUUCUGUGAAGAAAAUCCAGCUUGAUGGUAUGAAUUUUACAGGAACUUUCGAUGCAAGUACUCUCUGCGACGUGCGGUCUGUCGCCACAUCUCUUACAACCAUCAGUCUCAAUGACAAUAGCCUCACUGGAGAACACCUUGACGAGAUCUCAAAAUGCACACAGCUCACUAAUCUUCAUAUGGGUAGGAACCGGUUCUCUGGCAGCCUUCCUGACUCUCUUUCGAGGUUGAAUAAUCUGAAAGGGCUCGACAUAUCUAGGAACAGCUUCUCUGGAAGGUUGCCUGAUCUUGCACUGAUAUCAGGCUUGCAAGAGUUCUUGGCUCAGAACAAUCAGCUCUCCGGUGACAUUCCAAGUUUCAAUUUCCCAAACUUUCUGCAGUUCAAUGUUUCCUUCAACAAUUUCACCGGUAGCAUUCCAUUUGGGGGCGGCGAUUUGCCUGCCAGUAGUUUCAUGGGUAAUCCUGAGCUGUGCGGAGAUCCAUUGCCAAAGAAAUGCCCAUCACAGCCCCCAGAAUUGCCGCCAGAACCUGACCAGCCAAAGAAGUCCAAAGGGGACUCAGACUUUGAGGUGAUAAUGUUUUCAGGCUACAUCCUCAUAGGAUUGGCUCUUUUUCUUACCAUCAUUCUUAAGCUGUGUAAAAGAGACCAGAAAAAAGAAGAGACCAAGGAGUGUUCAGCAAACAAGGUUGCGUCGGUUGAUGACAGUUUAUACAGCCCAAGCAAGGCAUCAGGGAAGUAUAAAGCAAGUCUAAGCAAGCCAGAAAUCUCAGCUGCAUCAGCUCAAAGUGUUGAGAUGGCUUCAUCGUCGCUGAUCGUUCUCGCUAGUCCAGAGGUGAACGGAUUGAAAUUCGAGGAUUUGCUCAAGGCUCCAGCCGAGUUGCUUGGGAGAGGAAAGCAUGGCACUGUCUAUAAGGUACUCUGCGACCAAGGCUUCACACUGGCUGUCAAAAGGAUUAGGGACUGGCCGAUUUCCCCCCACGAUUUCAAGCGGAGGAUGCGCAGGUUGGACCAAGUGAAGCAUCCAAAUGUGUUGCCAGCCGUGGCUUUCUACUGUUCCCAGCAAGAGAAGCUUUUGGUCUACGAGUAUCAGGAGAAUGGAAGCCUCUUCGAGCUUCUCCAUGGAAGCCAAAAUAGGGGAGCCUUUGACUGGAGCAGCAGGCUUGGCAUUUCAGCCACAGUAGCCGAUGCACUGGCUUUCAUGCACCAAUCUCUCGGAGCAGAUGGGAUUGCUCACGGGAACUUAAAAUCCUCAAACAUUCUGCUAAACAAGAACAUGGAACCCCGGAUCAGCGAGUAUGGUCUAGUGACAGUAGACAACGAAUUUCAGCCAUCAGCCGCUGGUUUCAAUAGUCAGAGCGAUGAUCCAAGCAGUGGCUUCAGAGCAGACAUUUACAGUCUCGGUGUGAUUCUUCUUGAGCUGCUAACUGGAAAGAUGGAGGUUCAGAACAAUGGCAUGGGCUUGGCGAGAUGGGUUCUGUCUGUGGUUCGAGAAGAGUGGACCGUGGAGGUGUUCGAUAAAGGGUUGAUUCAAGAAGGUGCAAGUGAGGAGAGGCUGAUGAACUUGCUGCUGGUGGCUCUGAAAUGUGUCAGCUCCCCUGAAACCAGGCCUAGCAUCAACCAGGUUGCUCUCAUGCUCAACACCCUAAAAGAGGAGGAUGAGAGAUCCAUAGUUUCUGAAACAUAAUCAAGCAAGCAAGCAAACAAGAACAUCUUUGGCUUGUUCCAGAGCUUGAGGAAACGGAAACUCCCAGAGAGAACCCUCUUAAUUUCUUUCAUCCUAUCUCUGUGUUUUUCUGUAGAUGUUAGCCGGCUCUCGAAUGCAGUGUAUCCUCCACACAAGUUCAAACUCAUGAACAUAUUGCAGGUUUUUAUUCUAGUUACUAAUUGCAGUCACAUCACCUCAGUGGUUGAUCUAUCUUCAACCAACGAUGUCAAUUGGAAAAUAUUCAUUAACAGAUGAUUAAGGAAGAGAUGCGAUGUUGUAGAUGAUAGUGAUCAUAAUCAUGCCUGCAUUACCAAAUUAAUGGCAAGUCCUCACCAACUCUCUUUACAUAACCAAUGGUUAAGGAAGAAUAUCAUUGGUUUGAUGCUUAAUC